AUGACCAACCAAGAUCCCGACGAUGGUGCCUACCCUUCAUCCCAGAGUGACGAUGACGGAAUCGAAGCACUCGCUAUCAACAGACAGUCUCGGCCGCUGUUGGCGUACGAAGACCAAGCAGCUGGUCAAUCCGACGCGUUCACGGACCGUGACAUCCCAGCUUCGACAGCACCGCUCACAGGUCGUCGUCGUACGCCGCUCAGCUGGACCGAAGUGAUCUGGGUCUCCUUGACUCUCUUACUGAUUGCCGUCCUGGGCUAUUCGUCGCAGCUGUAUGUGAUGCUGCCGUACUACGAAAAGACACCGUCGUUCUCACCACAGGCGCUAGCAGCGGUGCUGGUGCCUUUCAACUUGGGUCUGCUGGCUAUCUAUUACAACUACUGGCUCUGCGUCACCACGGAUGCGGGCAGCGUACCUGCAGGGUGGCAGCCCGAGUGGUCUGCGCUGGAGCCGGUUGCUUCGCUUGCCGAACUCGAACAUCUGCAUUUGGUCGCCGAAGAGGAGCCGUCUCUGGAGCUCAAACAGGCCAUCUACCGACCGCGGUACUGCAAGACAUGCUCCGCCUUCAAACCGCCACGUUCGCACCACUGCAAGACGUGCCAGCGCUGCGUGUUGCGCAUGGAUCACCACUGCCCCUGGCUCGCCAACUGUGUCGGUCAUUUCAACCACGCGCACUUUAUCCGCUUUCUCUUUUACGUCGAUGUGACGUGUCUGUACCACCUGAUCAUGAUCUCGUGUCGUGUGCUCGACAGCUUCAACUCGUACACCUACUGGAGGGAGCCUUGUGCGCGAGAGCUGGUCUGGCUCGUCGUCAACUAUGCGCUGUGCAUCCCGGUCAUCUUGCUCGUCGGCAUCUUUAGUCUGUAUCACUUCUACUGCCUGGCGGUGAACCAGACGACGAUCGAGAGUUGGGAAAAGGAUCGCACGGCGACCAUGAUCCGCAGGGGCAGGGUGAGGAAGGUCAAGUAUCCCUAUGAUUUGGGCUUGUGGAGAAACGUGCGCCAGGUGUUGGGCGCAAGCCCGUUGGUGUGGUGUCUACCGGGCGCCGGUGCGAGGAUGGCUGGUGAUGGCUUGAAGUAUCCGGUUGCUAAUGGUCUAGACUCAGGCUCGCAAUACAGAUGGCCACCCAAAGAUCCAAGUCGUCCGCACCCGUCUCGUCGCACUUGGGCAUCGUCAAGCUCUCCCUUCACCUACCCGGAGCGCUCGAACCCCAUCCUGGAUCCUACGCUUUCAACGCGCUUUCCCCAUAACUCAUCCCCCUCCUCUUCCGAUUCACACUCUUCACUCCAUCUCCCCCAUCCUCCAUCCUUGCUCGAUCCCCUCCCUCACCACUUCGAUCCUCCCCACGAUCCCGAUACCCAACCCGUCAACUGCCCAAAACGUGUCUCCGUACGCCGUGGUUCCGAAGGCUACGAAGUUCGGCCUCACACUCCCUGGUCUGUAUAA